AUGAACGGGCAGAACCACCAGAACGGAACAAGCACACACUCAACCGGCUCCCUGGAGGCCGCCCUCCAGGAUGCCAAGCCCAACCAUAUGAAGGCCCAACUAGCUGCCGGGGCUGUCGUCAGCGCCAUGUCGAUCCGCUAUUCUCGCGGCAUCGAAAUCGUUGGCUACGCUGCGGCAGCCAAGAUGGAUGGCGUCCUCAUCGACCUCGAGCACAGCAGCAUCGACCUCGACCAGUGUGCACAGUUCACCCUUGCAGCGCUCGCUCACGGCAUCACACCCGUCGUCCGCGUACCAUCACUCGCCAGCUCUUAUGUGGCGAGGGCGCUGGACGGCGGCGCUCAGGGCAUCAUCAUGCCACAUGCUGAGACCGCAGCAGAUGCGACAGCCUGUGCUAAGGCAGCCAAGUUCUUUCCAGAUGGGAAUCGCUCGGCUAUAGGCGGGUUGGCGGCGUUAGGGUAUGGGGCCCAUGCUACGAUUGAUGCGAAUCGAGCAGUCAACGGGCAAGUGCUGACCAUCAUCAUGAUCGAAACGUUGGCUGCUCUGGACAAUCUGGAGCAGAUUGCUGCUGUCCCGGGCGUCGAUGUGUUGCUUAUUGGGACGAAUGACUUGACGGCGCAGUACGAGAUUCCGGGACAGCAUGAUGAUACGAGAAUCACACAGGCGUACCAGAGAGUCAUUGAUGUGUGUAGGAAAUCGAACAAAGCUGUUGGAAUUGGCGGCUUGUAUGCUAGGCAGGAUCUAAUUGACAAGUUUGUGAAGAUGGCGGACGGAAUCGGGCGGUUCGUCAUGUGUGGAAGUGACCAGGACUAUGUUCUUGAGGGCGCCAGGAGAACAGCGAAGUGGCUUGAUAGUUAUAACGAUGCUUGA